UCGACCGGGACUCCUGGGCAGGCGGCUGAACCCACAGACGGACCGACGCCAUGAGGGCUCUGCUGCUCCUGGGGUGCCUGCUGCUGAGCCUGGAGUCGGUGCUUUCGCCUCCACCUUGGAAGGCCCCCAAGGUGCAUGAGCGCACAGCAGAUGAACACGCAGUGGCAGGAGAGCUGGGACAAGAAGCAGUGCCACCUGGUUUGACCUCUGCUGGGAACGUGGGCUUCUCUGGUGACUCAGACUCUGCGUGUCCACGAAUGACGGAGAAAGCCUCUGGAGAACUGAUUGGGGUUUUACAGACAAACUUUACCCUGAAGGCAGAUUUGCAAAUGCUGACUCUGCAAAUGAGGAGGCUGGACGUUCUCACUGACACUGGGGAGCCCUGCCACUUCCCUUUCUGGUACCAUCGGCAGCUGUACCACAGGUGCACCCGCAGGGGCCGACCUGGCCUGCGGCCCUGGUGUGCCACUACCCCCAACUUCGAGCAGGACCAACGAUGGGCAUACUGCCUGGAGCCCAAGAAAGUGCAAGACGCCUGCAGCAAGCACAACCCCUGCCAGAGGGGAGGGACCUGUGUGAACAGUCCAGGGGGCCCACACUGCCUCUGUCCCCAACACUUCACUGGGAAGCACUGCCAAAGAGAGAAGUGCUUUGAGCCUCAGCUGUUCCAGUUCUUCCAUCAGAAUGAAAUAUGGUACAGGCUGGAGCCAGCGGGUGUGGCCAGGUGCCAGUGCCAGGGUCCCCAAGCCCACUGCAAGCCGCUGGCCAGACAGGUCUGCCGCAACAACCCAUGCCUCCACGGGGGCCGCUGCCUGGAGGCGGAGGACCACCACCUGUGCAGUUGUCCCAAGGGCUAUGGAGGACGAUUCUGCGAUGUGGACCUUGAGGCCAGCUGCUACGAAGGCAGAGGGAUCAGCUAUCGAGGCACCGCUGGGACCACGGUCUCCAACGCACAGUGUGAGCCAUGGACCUUGGACGCCACCUACCAGAACCUGACUGUAGAGCAAGCGCUGAACUGGGGACUGGGCGACCAUGCCUUGUGCCGGAACCCGGACAAUGAUACCCGCCCGUGGUGUUUCGUGCGGAGAGGCGGCCGGCUGAGCUGGGAAUAUUGCAGCCUACCACGGUGCCGAGCCCCAGCCUCCACAAAGCCCCACUUCCCGCCUCCGCCCCAACCCCGCCGUGAGCUCCCGGACCUCCCCCUGCCCUCGCUUGCACAAGAUGAGGAGCCUCAGCUCGAGACCCCAGUCUCACACGGGCCUGGGACCGAACUGGCGGGCUGCGGACAGCGGCUGCAGAAACGGCUGCCCUCACUGAGCCGCGUCGUCGGGGGACUGGUGGCGCUGCCCGGAGCGCACCCUUACAUCGCCGCGCUGUACUGGGGCCACAAUUUCUGCGCUGGCAGCCUCAUCGCCCCCUGCUGGGUGCUGACCGCAGCUCACUGCCUGCAGAACCGGCCGGCGCCGGAGGAGAUGACUGUGGUGCUGGGCCAGGACCGCCAUAACCAGAGCUGUGAGCAGUGCCAGUCGCUGGCUGUGCGCACCUACCACCUGCAUGAGGACUUCUCGCCCAUCACCUAUCAGCACGACCUGGCGUUGCUGCGCUUGCAGGAGAGCUCGGACGGCCGCUGCGCGAACUUGUCGCCUUCCGUGCGGCCCGUUUGCCUGCCGAGCAGCGCCGGCAACCCUGCGGAAACCGAGGCUGUGCUUUGCGAAGUAGCCGGUUGGGGCCACCAAUUCGAGGGGGCGGAGGAAUACGCCAGCUUUCUGCAGGAGGCACAGGUGCCGCUUAUCCCUCCCGAGAGCUGCUCCUCUUCCAGCAUGCACGGUGCAGCCUUCGUCCCCGGGAUGCUCUGCGCCGGCUUCCCCGAGGGUGGCAUGGACGCGUGCCAGGGUGACUCAGGGGGUCCACUGGUAUGUGAGGAGGAGGCUGCAGAGCGCCGGCUCAUCCUGCGAGGCAUCGUCAGCUGGGGCUCGGGUUGUGGCGACCGCAACAAGCCGGGUGUGUACACCGACGUGGCCAACUACCUGACCUGGAUCCGGGAGCACACCGCUUCCUGACCGCCCAGGAACACGUCUUUUCCUCCUCGGUGAUUCUGGAAUGGGAGGACUGCUGGACCUGAUCCUGGAUGGCGAGGAUUGUGCUGCGGCGCCGCCACCCCGGCGCCAGGCGUGGCGUAAACUGUCAAUAAAGUGCUUCUGGCAAUG